AUGGAACCACCAGCGCGAGAGUCCAUGAAACGAAUGAAUCCCCAGCUGUGGACUCUAGGCACUAGCUUGAUAUGCGCCAAAGUUGGCGCUCAUAAUGCGCAUCCACGAAACAGCAUCGUUUCUUGGCAGGACGACAACAGCACAUUUCAUCUCCUCCCUAGAGACGACUCACUUCUUAUGAACUUGAGCCAGGGUGAUUCAGCAACCGAUCGGAUCCAGGAAUGUGGCACCGGAGGCACCGUCUGGAGUAUUGGAAACGAAGUCAUCUCCAAAGUGAAAGGAUGGAGUGAAGAGCGGCAACUUGAAGCCUCGACUAUUGAGUUCGUCCGCGAUAAUUUCCCCUCUGUACCAUUGCCCGAGGUUCUAUACUCGUGGAUCGACCGAUCCAUUAACCGCACAUUCUUGAUCAUAAAGCGAGUCCAUGCCCGAACGUUGAAUGCAGCGUGGCCGAGCCUCUCUACUGACCAGUGCCAGAGCAUUGCCAACAAGAUGGCCGAGCACUGCGCCACUCUUGCUGGAAAGACGUCCUCGAGACACGAGUCUGCCUCUGGAUACGGGGUUUUUGAGUACUGGCUCAUGGGGCGCCCUCCCGUCUCCAACCCGACUUGGUUGCCGAUGACUCUCGGGCCCUUAUCAGGUCCUGAAUUGAAAGAAUACAUGUCCAAUAUCUCGGAUGAACGGGUUCCCUACUUUGACAAUGAUCUCCCAUUCUACCAUUGUGAUCUUGGCCCUACCAAUAUCCUCAUUUCCGAUGAUGGGGACAGCGUGGCUGCCAUUAUUGACUGGGAGGCUGCCGCUUAUUUCCCUGGUUUUUGGGUUGCAACGAAGCCCGCUACCAAUUGGGCCUACCGACUGAGUGAGCCCACCGUCGACCCUCAAGAAUAG